GAGUUUCGGAACAUAAGAGUCGACUCAAUAACAGCGAAGGCACAAACAGUCAAUUUCAUUAAAAGACCUUCAUCGACUGGUAUCGAGUAAACCCUUGGAUAAAAUGCAUAACCAAGAAACAGUAGCGAGGCUUAAAUAAAGGGUAUGCGCAGUCGUGCAGUCAAGGCCAACAUAACAGGCACGUUCCUGCAUCGGUUUUUUUCCUUCUGCAUCAGGCCAAUAAAACAAACAUCAAACACCUUCCUGCAUCAGUUUUGUCCUCAGAGAAGCUCUCGUUGCCCUACUAACAAUGUUCAUCAGCAACACGUAUAUCCCAUCUUACCCAACAUCUCCUCUCUACUUAUCCCAAAAGCUAACAAUUUGUUCUGGCUUCGUUCAUCUUAUUUUUCUUCUGCUUUGCAACCGUUUGAAGAAACGUCGCAAAGAGAUCGACUUGUACAGGAUGCUCGCUUUUACAGUGUCCUUGAUUUCAUUAAAUCCUCCACUGUAGUACCUAACAUUGUAACUGCCUGCAUUGGCCAUUGCAUUGCUCUAAAGAUAGGUUCUCUUGCUCACUUGCCCAUUUCCACCUCUCUUCUCACUGUGUAUUCUAGAGCCAGAGAUUUCGGGUCGUCAUUGGCUUUGUUUGAUGAAAUUCAUAACCGGGAUGUGAUCAUUUGGAAUGCUAUGAUUACUGCAUCCGUUGAAAAUGGAUGCUCUAGUGCAGCAAUUAGUUCUUUUAUGGAGAUGACUGAAGAGGGAACCGGGUUUGAUUCAACAACUCUAUUGGUAGUCACAUUGGCUUCAUCCCAUAUGAAUAACUUGAGACAAGGACAAGCUCUUCAUGGAUUGGGCUUCAAGGCCGGGAUGCUUCUUGAAUCUAUUCUAUGCAAUGCACUCACAGACAUGUAUGCAAAAUGCGGUGAUUUGAGCUCUUCAGAGCGUGUGUUUUCAUGGAUGGAGUGUAGAGAUAUUAUCUCAUGGAAUUCGAUUAUAAGUGGAUGCCUUUAUAAUAAUCGUCCUGAAAAAUCUUUAAUGUACUUCAAGGAGAUGGCUUUUUUUGGAGAACGAGCAGAUAGUGUAAGUCUGUCUAGUGCUAUUUCUGCAUCUUCUUGUCUAGGAGAGCUGAUUUUUGGUCAGAUCAUUCAUGGUUGGGGAAUUAAACUGGGUUAUGAGAACUCCCACAUUUCAGUUGCCAACUCUCUGAAUUCUUUAUAUUCUCACUGUGGAGAGAUUGAGGCUGCAGAGACUGUGUUCAGAGAAAUGAUAUACAAGGACGCUGUUUCAUGGAAUGCAAUGAUUGAAGGAUUUGGCUCAAAUGGAAAGAUUUCCGAAGCAUUUCAUCAUUUCCAUGAAAUGCAAAUAGCGUGGUCAGUUCAACCUGACAAAGUGACUAUAAUUACCUUAAUCCCACUUUGUGCAGAAAAAAUGCUUUUGAGGGAAGGAAGAACCAUUCACGGAUUCACCAUUCGUAGGCAGAUGGGAUCAGAUUUAUCAGUAAAAAACUGCCUCAUGAGCAUGUAUUUGAGAUGCAACCGUCUAACAGAGGCUGAGCUCUUGUUCAGUUCAAUGAUAGAAAGGGACUUGGUGUCAUGGAAUACAAUGAUCUCCGGAUAUUCCCAGAAUGGCUAUUCUGGAGAAGCUCAAGAUUUAUUUAGGGAACUCCUCCGUUACAAUCCAAAAUGCAGCUUGUCAACGCUUUUAGCUGUACUCCCUUCCUGUGAUUCAUAUGAGUCUCUCCACUUUGGUAAAUCAAUUCACUGUUGGCAAUUGAAAUUGGGAUUUUCAGAUGAUAUUCUUGCAGUUAAUGCCCUCAUGUACAUGCAUAUUCAUUGUGGAGACAUGAAAGCUGCUUUCUCAUUGUUGCAGAGAAAUUUUGUAGCAGCGGAUAUUGCUUCUUGGAACACUGUAAUUGCUGGCUGCACACAGAAAGGCCAUUUCCAAGAGGCUUUAAACACUUUCAGUUUAAUGAGACAGGAAACCCAUAUCAGCCAUGAUUCUGUUACUCUUGUUAAUGUCAUAUCAGCUUGUGGGAAUCUAGAGUUGUUUUCUGAAGGGAAAUCUCUUCAUGGGCUUGCUCUCAAAUCUUUAAUGGGAUCAGAUACUCGUGUGCAGAAUGCUUUAAUUAGUAUGUAUGGCAGAUGUGGGGAUACUGACAGUGCAAGAUCAGUGUUUGAUGCCUGUCCAAAUCGUAAUUUAUGUUCAUGCAAUUGUAUGAUCUCUGCUUUUUCUCAAAACAAGGAUGCUAGAAGAGCACUGGAACUAUUCUGUGCUCUUGAAUAUGAACCUGAUGAGAUCACCUUUGUUGGAAUUCUCUCGGCUUGUACCCAACUUGGAGUUCUAAGAUAUGGAAAGGAAAUUCAUGGUCAUGUGUUACGACUUGGAUUUCAGGAGAAUCCUUUUAUUUCUGCGACUCUUCUGGAUAUGUACAGCAAUUGUGGAAGAUUGGACAUUUCAAUCCAAAUAUUUAAAAAUAUACAGGAAAAGUCUGUAGCAGCUUGGAAUUCCAUGAUUUCUGCAUAUGGAUAUCAUGGUAAUGGUAAGAAAGCAAUUGAAACGUUCCAAGAAAUGAUCAAGGAGGGAACAGUGGCGACGAAGAGCACAUUUAUAAGCCUUCUAUCAGCCUGCAGCCACUCCGGGCUUCUCGAUGAAGGUAUCUGGUAUUAUGAUCAUAUGUUCGAGGAAUAUGGAGUGGAACCUCUCACUGAGCAUCACAUUUGCAUGGUUGAUAUGCUGGGUCGAUCAGGUAAGCUCCAUCAGGCUUAUGAAUUUAUUAAGCAAAUGCAAACCCAACCUAAACCAGGUGUUUGGGGGGCUCUGCUUAGUGCUUGCUACUAUCAUGGAGAUCUUGAGAUGGGAAAAGAAGUAGCAAAACUUCUUUUUGAGUUGGAGCCUGAAAACGUUGGGUAUUACAUUUCAUUGUCGAAUAUGUAUGUUUCUGCUGGAAGCUGGAAAGACGCUGUGGAGUUAAGAAAUACAGUUCAGACUCAACGGUUAAAGAAGCCAGCAGGUUACAGUCUCGUUGAUGUUGGUUUAUGGUGAUGAGUCAUAAUUCAACAAUUCUAAGUUCUAACUUCGUGGCUUUUUCUUUUAAAUCUUUUUCCCUUUCUAA